UAUUUUCUGCUUUCAGUUGAGCUCCUAUGUCCAUUUUAUAAUGUAAAACGCUUCUUCUUUUAAUUCACAGUUUGGUGAUAGUUUCUAGUCGGGUCCUUGUUUUGUUGUGUUGUGUUUUCAGUCAUGUCCAGCAGCAGAUACCCGAUAGUGGUGCAGGGGGAGGCGUCUGAAACCGACUCUGAUGAUGAAGUCUACAUCACCUCUCUGACUUCUCACCAAACGGCCACAAGAGGAAUCAAGGUUCCUGGGGAAGCCUCUGAGACGGACAGUGAGGAUGAUCCGCAGCAGGCGGUUAGAGCCUCGGUAGUGGCUCAGGAGAGUGCUCACAUACUCAGGAGAGAGUUGCCCCCUCUUAUUGUGGUCAAAGACAAUCCUGAUGUUCAGUCCAUAGUGGAGGACAGGCCGAGCCCUUCACACAAGCCCCAUGUAGGUGACACCCUUCUACAGCAGAAGCUGCAGGAGUCCAAUAGCCGGCUGUAUACCGAUGUGGGGCAGAUGGUUCGGCAGGUUUACAGCAGUGCCAGUAAGGAGGUCCACAGUGUAACGUCUCAGCUGAAUACAUCCCAGACCGCCAUCAUCAAUGCUUCCCACAACAUCAGAUUAAUCCUGGACGAUCUGAAGGCCGUGUCCGAGAAGAUCGACAUCAUCACCAGCUGUCAAAUACUGCCUGAUAUUAACAUCAAUAAUUCUGGUUCUUUAACUUCCUCUAAACACCAGUGAAGAUAUUAAAACUGACUGAAAUAAACAGAAUAUUUUAACAGCAUCAUAUGUAUACAUUUAUUAAUUGCAGAGCAAGACUUAAGGAUGAAUCGCAUAUUGCUCUUCUUAAAUGGAUACAAACUUUCCUUAUGCAUAAAAAUAAAAUGUAUAUUUGUAAGUUGCCACCUAUUGUUUUUGACUGUCAGUGAUUUAAGUGUAACUUUCUGUUAAUAAAAAUUUAACUGAACAUCUUCCUCCGCUGGUCAACAAUAUAAUGGGUCAACGAGUUUAUGCAUUGUAAUUAUAUCAUUUGUUUACAUGUAUCUUAUUAGUUUAACAAGUAAAAUCCAACAUUUUAAAAAUAAAUUGUAUAUUUAAAACCUGAA